AUGGACUUGUUGUACAAUGUUGAGCAAAUGAACGAAACUCUUCAUAAGGUUAUCGCUCACAUUACUCCGUUGAGAUGUCAUGAGAUUUGUUGGCAGAGUACUUUGAUGGCUGAUACUGGAACGGCAACGUUCGCGGAAGAUGGCGCACGAGAAUGUCAUCAGAUCGAAGGGACAAAUUCGACAGCAUUUCUGAGGCACAUGACACGUUAUACGGUAUGUUUACGUGAAUUUGCCGAUGCGGAAAAAUACAAUACGAUACAGUAUCAGUCCAAUCUGCAGUCGGUGGAAAAACAAGGUUCCGGUUACGAACUCGUUGUGGAGACGGAACUACAGGAAGAUUCUGAAGAAGGGCUUGUAACGCUGGCUGCUUUGAAUCUUGGCAAAGACAACAACAAAGUACGAACGAAAACGUUUAGAGCCAGAGAAAAGAUCCAUAUUUUUAGUAGCAAGUCAUCAAAUAGAACAUUUCGCCUGCCUCUUGCCGAAGAUUCCGUCUACGCAGUACAAUACCAGUACACAAAAGUAAAACCGUUUCAUUACACAACUAAGGAGCAUUUUCUUGUCGAGACCAUCCCCGGGAACUCCACCGACGUAUCGCAACCGUUGAUUGAAGCACAGUUUGCGAUGGAAAAUCACACAACGAUAACGGGCGGAGUGACGCAAACACCUACCGUAACGCUCGGUCGAGGUGAUGCGUACUCAAAUCAUGAGGUCGUGGUCCGAGUGGAUCCGCAGUGCGAGGACACAAACAUCAGCUCAACAUGGACGUUCGGCGAUGAUGAACGACAAACAAAUGAGAAAAUGGAUUUGACUGCAGCGAUCUGCUACAACUACCCGAAAGCGAGUUUUUGUGAUCCCGCACGGAACUAUACUACGGUAUGCAGCCAGAUGUUGUGCUAUUCGGCCGCCGUCGCAAUCGAAGGCGCCGAUUAUCCGUCGAACGUUCGUUGCGUCAACGUUACUGAACAUUUCCCAGUGGAUAGCGUUAGUUCUCCGAUUCAUGUGCAGAUUUCGGUCUUAUUGCUCAUUUUUUCUUUAUUUUUUAUGUUAGUUUGA